AUGCUGAUGGACGCCUACCGUGAUGAACGCCCCGGGAUGCGCAUCGCCUACAGGACGGAUGGCCACCUUCUCAUUCAACGGCGGAUGCACUUCCAAACGUGCGCAUCCACAAUUUCCGUUCACGAAUUUCCCUUCGCCGAUGACUGCGCCCUAAACACCACCUCGGAAGAGGAUAUGCAAGGAAGCAUGGACCUCUUCUCCGCCGCCUGCGAGAACUUCGGUCUGGUCACCAACACGGAAAAGACGGUGGUCAUGCAUCAGUCGCCACCCAACACAGCCCCUCCCCCAAUGCGCCGCAAAUCAACGUGA